CGGAUUGGUCGGAAAGUAGGUUAGUGGUGCGACAUUUAGGGAAGGCAGAAAGUAGGUCAGGGACGGAGGUGCCUGUUUACCCGCGCCGGACUUGCCGCCGCCGCCGCCGCGGGAUCCGAGUGCGGGUGCGGGCGCGGGCGCUCGCGGCGAGCCACGGUGGUGUUGGCCAGAGUGAAUGCUUUUGGAAGCAAGCUUAAGGUUUCAAAUGUGGACCCCAAGGCCUUCACUGGAAUGGUGCUAUAAACCAAGAUUUUGGGAAGAGAGGCAGAAGGAAUUACUACAAGGUUGAAGUCAGACUGGCAUAUGUAGCAAGUUCCAGGCCAGUCAGGCCUACACAGCUACACCCUGCCUAGGACAACAGGAACAAGAAAAUGACUGUCUAGGUGGAGAACAAGAUGCAGAUGUUUUCCAGAAUUUUCUUCAACCUCAGGCAGAUUUUGGAAGAAGUUGACUGCCUGGAAGAAAGUUACAAAACAUGAAAGUCGCUUUGAGGUGACCAGCAAGUACAGUGGCCCCUUGCACCUCACACGCUGGACCGAAGCUUGAGAACUGUAACUUCAGAUGUGGGAAUUUGGGCCCAGAGGGUGGGAGUGACAGCCCCAGUCAAAUCCUGUGGACCUUGGAGCCCUUUGAGGCCCACUGGGCAACCCCUCUUCACCAGGGUUUGAAGUUAGAGUCCCUUGCAAGCACCGUCCUUCCAAUGGCGGACCAGAGAAUGGACAUUUCCUCCACAAUCAGUGACUUCAUGUCUCCGGGCCCCACCGACCUGCUCUCCGGUUCCCUGAGCACCAGUGGUGUGGACUGCAACCGCAAGAGGAAAGGCAGUGCCACUGACUACCAACUUGAUGACUUUGCCUUUGAAGAAAGUAUGGACACAGACAAAGAUGACCCUCAUGGAAGGUUAGAAUAUGCAGAACACCAAGGAAGGAUCAAAAAUGCAAGGGAGGCCCACAGUCAGAUUGAAAAGAGGCGUCGGGACAAAAUGAACAGUUUUAUUGACGAAUUGGCUUCUUUGGUACCAACAUGCAAUGCGAUGUCCCGGAAGUUAGAUAAACUCACCGUGCUCAGGAUGGCUGUUCAGCACAUGAAAACAUUGAGAGGUGCCACCAACCCAUACACAGAAGCAAACUACAAGCCAACAUUUCUAUCCGAUGACGAACUGAAACACCUAAUUCUCAGGGCAGCAGAUGGAUUUUUGUUUGUCGUAGGAUGUGACCGAGGGAAGAUCCUCUUUGUCUCCGAAUCUGUCUUCAAGAUCCUCAAUUAUAGCCAGAAUGACCUUAUUGGCCAGAGUUUGUUCGACUACCUGCAUCCAAAAGAUAUUGCCAAAGUUAAGGAACAGCUAUCUUCCUCGGACACUGCACCUCGGGAGCGACUCAUCGAUGCGAAGACUGGACUUCCGGUUAAAACGGAUAUAACCCCUGGGCCCUCCCGAUUGUGCUCUGGAGCUCGGCGCUCUUUCUUCUGUAGGAUGAAGUGCAACAGGCCUUCAGUAAAGGUGGAAGAUAAGGACUUCGCCUCCACCUGUUCAAAGAAAAAAGCAGAUCGAAAGAGCUUCUGCACAAUCCACAGCACAGGCUACUUGAAAAGCUGGCCACCCACAAAGAUGGGGCUGGACGAAGACAGUGAACCAGACAAUGAGGGCUGCAAUCUGAGCUGCCUCGUUGCAAUCGGGCGACUGCACUCACACAUGGUUCCACAGCCAGUGAACGGGGAAAUACGGGUGAAGUCUAUGGAGUAUGUGUCUCGACAUGCAAUAGAUGGGAAAUUUGUUUUUGUAGAUCAGAGGGCGACGGCUAUUUUGGCAUAUCUACCACAGGAACUUCUAGGUACAUCGUGUUAUGAGUAUUUUCAUCAAGAUGAUAUAGGACACCUUGCGGAAUGUCACAGGCAAGUUUUACAGACAAGAGAAAAGAUCACGACUAAUUGCUAUAAGUUUAAGAUCAAAGAUGGUUCCUUUAUCACACUACGAAGUCGAUGGUUCAGUUUCAUGAACCCGUGGACCAAGGAAGUAGAAUACAUUGUCUCAACCAACACUGUUGUUUUAGCCAAUGUCCUGGAAGGCGGGGACCCAACCUUCCCACAGCUCACAGCAUCCCCCCACAGCAUGGACAGCAUGCUGCCCUCUGGAGAAGGUGGCCCAAAGAGGACUCAUCCCACUGUUCCAGGCAUUCCAGGGGGAACCAGAGCUGGAGCAGGAAAAAUAGGUCGAAUGAUUGCCGAGGAAAUCAUGGAAAUCCACAGGAUAAGAGGGUCAUCACCUUCCAGCUGUGGCUCCAGCCCACUGAACAUCACAAGUACGCCUCCCCCUGAUGCUUCCUCUCCAGGAGGCAAGAAGAUUCUAAAUGGAGGGACUCCAGACAUUCCUUCCGCUGGCCUACUACCAGGGCAGGCUCAGGAGACCCCAGGCUAUCCCUACUCUGAUAGUUCGUCUAUUCUUGGUGAGAACCCCCACAUAGGCAUCGACAUGAUAGACAACGACCAAGGAUCAAGCAGCCCCAGUAACGACGAGGCAGCAAUGGCUGUCAUCAUGAGCCUCUUGGAAGCAGAUGCGGGGCUGGGUGGUCCCGUUGACUUUAGUGACUUGCCAUGGCCACUGUAGACACUACAUUUUGCUCUGGCAACAGCUACAGUAUCAAAGUGCAUUACUGGUGAAGUUUUACAGUCUGUGAAGCUUACUGGAUAGGGAGAGAACAGCUUUUAUGUACUGACUCCAUAAAAGCCAUCUCAGAGCCAUUGAGACAAGUCAAUCUACCAUGUGUAACUUCAGACAAAGUGGAACUAAGCCUGCUCCAGUGUUUCCUCAUCAUUGAGUUUGGGCUAGCUGUGGAUAGCUUGCAUUAAUUGUAUAUUUUGGAUUUUGGUUGUGUUGAAUUUUUUAAUCAUUGUGCACAGAAGCAUCAUUGGUAGCUUUUAUAUGCAAAAUGGUCAUUUCAGAUGUAUGGUGUUUUUACACUACAAAGAAGUCCCCCAUGUGGAUAUUUCUUAUACUAAUUGUAUCAUAAAGCUGUUUAUUCUUCCUUGUAAGAAUCCUUUACUAUAAAUAUGGGUUAAAGUAUAAUGUAUUAGACAGUUAAAUAUUUUUAAUAAAUGUUUCCCUUGUUCUAUAA